CUACUUAAUAAAUGACUGACUUCUUUCUCUUUUAUCUAGUCGGGGCAAAAUGGCAGAACAACCGAUCAUCACCAAGGUGUUUAAUGAUCCCAUCCAUGGUAGCAUAGAGUUACACCCACUCCUCAUCAAGAUCAUUGACACACCUCAGUUCCAGAGACUUCGAUUCAUAAAGCAGCUUAGAGGUGUCUACUUUGUUUACCCUGGAGCGUCUCACAACCGCUUUGAACACUCGAUCGGGGUGGGAUACUUAGCAGGAAAACUUGCUGAGGCUCUCAGGUCAAGGCAGCCGGAUCUCAGCAUCACUGACAGAGACGUCCUUUGUGUUCAGAUUGCUGGCCUCUGUCAUGACCUGGGUCAUGGACCCUUUUCCCAUCUGUAUGAUGGACUGUUCCUCCCCAAAGCACUGGAAAAAAAGAGGAAAUUAAAGAAAUGGAAGGUAAGAAGUUUUUAUUUCUGUUGUAAUAUGACAAAUGAAAUACAGAGGAACCGCAAAACUGAAGCACAUGUACCUUUCCCACUGGCUUGUUCUUUUGAAACAAAAUCCAGGAUGUUCUUUUUUAUUUGCCUUCUCAGGUAGAAUGUGAUUAUGCACAUUUCCAAGGAUGUUGAUCUAUUUAUUUAAUAACAAUGAAUGGUGUAGUUUGUGUUGCUAAAUGACCCUCAUUAUUCUCUUUGGUAAUAUUAUGUCAACUUUUUAUCUGACAUGUUACCGCUUUUCAGAAGCUCUAUGAGAUUUUACUAAAUGUUUAUUUUUUAACCAUUAAUCCUGGUGAUUCAGAGAUUUAGAUACAACAAACAAAGAUAAUAAUUGAAUUCAUGGUUCAUGAGAGGUAAUUCUUUAUGACAGGGACCUCUUUUAAAAGCAGAAGGGAUUUCUAGAUCUGUUUAUGUCUCUUUGUCACUCAAUAAGAGAAGAUAACCUUUAUUUAUCCUACAACGGGCAGCAAAGAGCAAGGAUAGCCAAAAAAGAGUACACAGUGCACCAUUCAAUAACAUUAGAUCAAAAGAGUGCGAUUGUUGUGUUUACAUCCAAACAAACCGGGCUAAAGGGGAAACGCCCCUUUGUUUCAGAACAACUUUUCCAAACUAUCCAGGUGUGAAAAAACAAGCAUGAUUACCUUCCCAAAAACUCUUAUGCUUAACAGUUUGACAUCGGGUUGAGUUCAGCUAGCUAAAUAACCCUGAUAAAGACUGU